AUGAACACUGAUCCACAACACACAAGGUCAGAGAGAUACCGAAGAAUUCAGCAGUCAAAAUCUACUCUUGCACUCUGCGAAAUCUUUGGGCUAGAGGAAUAUCACAAAAAGGUUACCGGUAAACAGCGGGAAAGGCGUAAGGCUGCACAGGACAGUGUGAUUGCCAAGCGCCCAUCAGAAGAAGCAGACGCCACUACUACUGGAUUAUCAAAAAAGUCCAAAACCGAGCAAUAG